AUGGUGGACCCUUACCAGGUUUCACGCGUGUAUUCCAGUUUAUAUGUGUUGGGAAAUGUCCCCUACUACAAGAUCCUAGCCUGUGGUGGGGACGGCACUGUGGGUUGGGUGCUCUCGUGUCUCGACAGUGUGGGCCAGGACGCCAUCUGUCAGUCACCACCGCUCUCCAUUCUGCCCCUUGGUACAGGUAAUGACCUGGCGAGAGUUCUAAGGUGGGGACCAGGCUAUACGGGAGGGGAGGACCCUUUCAGCUACCUUCGAGAUGUCAUUGAUGCAGAGGACAUCAAACUGGACCGUUGGACUGUUAUAUUCCAUCCCAAUGAGAAGGAACAGGACGAUGUCAAGGUGGCGAUAGCGAACGAUACCAACUCUGCAAACACGAAUGAGGACACCACCACCAUAUUUGUCAUGAACAACUACUUUGGCAUAGGCAUUGAUGCAGACAUAUUACUAGACUUCCAUCAAGCUAGGGAGGAAAAUCCAGACAAGUUUAACAUUUCACGCGUGUAUUCCAGUUUAUAUGUGUUGGGAAAUGUCCCCUACUACAAGAUCCUAGCCUGUGGUGGGGACGGCACUGUGGGUUGGGUGCUCUCGUGUCUCGACAGUGUGGGCCAGGACGCCAUCUGUCAGUCACCACCGCUCUCCAUUCUGCCCCUUGGUACAGGUAAUGACCUGGCGAGAGUUCUAAGGUGGGGACCAGGCUAUACGGGAGGGGAGGACCCUUUCAGCUACCUUCGAGAUGUCAUUGAUGCAGAGGACAUCAAACUGGACCGUUGGACUGUUAUAUUCCAUCCCAAUGAGAAGGAACAGGACGAUGUCAAGGUGGCGAUAGCGAACGAUACCAACUCUGCAAACACGAAUGAGGACACCACCACCAUAUUUGUCAUGAACAACUACUUUGGCAUAGGCAUUGAUGCAGACAUAUUACUAGACUUCCAUCAAGCUAGGGAGGAAAAUCCAGACAAGUUUAACAGUCGGUACGGCACUUAA